UGAAUCACUGCUUUCGAGGAGGAGUCCAACCGAGCACACGUUCUCACCCCAUGCCGACAAACACAGAGUAGCACAUCAUUCAGGACAGUGAAGGACAGAUACAGAGCAGAGUCACAGCACACACACACACACUCACACACACACACACACACAGAGUCAGGACUUGGAUUUAUUUUUCCCCCGAAUCUGCAGGUGACAUCGCACGUGAACGUGAACCGUAGAAAGUUUCAGAAAGAGAGGGAGACAGAAGAAGAGAGAGAGAGAAAGAGUUUGAGACUAAUUACCGCAGGUAGAAGUUUUCAGAUUGGACCCAGUGAGGAAGAGAGAGAGAGAGAGAGAGAGAGAGAGAGAGAGAGAGGAGUGCGCACAUGGCUGCCCUGAUUAGCGCCUACUCGUCCUGGCCGGAGAGCUUCGAAUGCACAUCCACGGAUGGAGACGCAAACGACGCCCGCACGAGCCACCGAGCAGCGGCGGAUAAAACCCCGGAGCCCCGCAUCCGCAGACCCAUGAACGCCUUCAUGGUGUGGGCUAAAGACGAGCGCAAAAGACUGGCCGUGCAAAACCCGGACCUUCAUAAUGCCGAGCUCAGCAAAAUGCUGGGUAAAUCCUGGAAGGCCUUAACUCCCUUACAGAAGAGGCCGUAUGUGGAAGAGGCUGAGAGGCUGCGGGUACAGCAUAUGCAGGAUUACCCCAACUACAAGUACCGUCCUCGUAGAAAGAAGCAGCUGAAGAGAAUUUGUAAGCGGGUUGACCCAGGCUUCCUCCUGCCUGGCAUUGGCCCAGAUCAGAGCUCACUGGCCGACCCGCGAGGUUGCUGUCACCCCCUGGACAAAGAAGAAGAGAGUACUGUCGGUGGAAGCAAUGGAUUCUCUUCCCCCGGUGCUUUGCCUGGUGUGAGGGUCUUCAGGGACCCUGCAAACUCCAGCAGCAAUUUUGACACAUAUCCUUAUGGCCUUCCCACUCCACCUGAGAUGUCCCCUCUUGAUGUGGUAGAUCAUGAGCACACGUCCUACUACUCAGCAUCCAGCUCUGCCAGCUCCUGCUCAACCUCUGCUUCGGGCCCAGAGGAGCAGCGUCCCACCCCAGCUCACAUGGGCAGCCCACCACCUUACCACUCCGAGUACUCCCAUCAGUCCUCUCUCCACUGUGGUAGCACACAUCUGAAUCACAUCCACAUGCCCCACCAAUGUAGUGGAACCACCCUUAUCUCCACUCCUCCACUGGCCUACUACAGCACAGCCUUUUCUCAAGUCCCAGUGCAUCAUGGUCUCCAGGGCCACUUGGGGCAACUCUCACCACCACCUGAGCAGGGCCACUUGGAAACUUUGGACCAGCUGAGCCAGGCUGAACUGCUGGGUGAGGUGGAUCGUGAUGAGUUUGAUCAGUAUCUAAAUUCCACCAGCUUUCAUGCCGAACAAGGCAGCAUGACCGUGACAGGACACAUCCAGGUAACACCAGCAUCCACUUGCUCCAGCAGUAGCACCACAGAGACAAGUCUCAUCUCUGUACUGGCCGAUGCAACGGCCGCCUACUACAAUAAUUACAGCAUCUCUUAAAGAGUGCAGCAAACCAAGAGACAAUAAUUUAACUGUCAAUACAGACAAAAGCCCAAGGACUUUAAAUGGGCCUGUAAUGUGAUUGGCAGGUGAACAAAGAAGGAGUGAUGUAGAGAGGAAAAGAAAAGCUGCAGGAAGUCAUGGGACGCCUCAGGGAUGCAUAGAUAAAUGCUCUAAAGUUCAUUCCCAUCUUUAUUUCCAAAAAGAGAGAAGAUGAGAAUAAAGUGAAUGGACUAACUGUUAGUCCUACUGAAAUGUUCUCUGCCCAAGAUGCUUGUAUAUUUGCUCUACAGCUUAUUUAUGUAUCUAAAUGUUUUGCAUUAAUCCAUAUUGUACUGCUGUUUCUUUUCCUUAAAUAAUCAUCUUUAAUACAAACCUCAUUUUUAUUUUUUACCUCAAACCACCAUAUUUAAAAGAAACUAGACUCUUCUGCAACUUUUUAUUCCAUCGGACUUGUUGUUUCAUGAAGGAAAUUCUGUAGUCUCCCUUUUUUCUAUCUGCAUUCAUAUGAAUAAAUAUAUAUAUUAUACUCAUAAAUUGUUACCAAGAAAAUAAUAAUAAUGAAUAUUAUUGUAUGCUGAUUUAGGUUUGUGCCAUUAAUUUAAUUUGAAUAAAAUACCAAAUCUCUAAUUUGAUAUCUCCACAGAUAUCAGUGUGACAUCUUAAGAUUGUAGCUCACAAAGAAAGCUGAUGUAUAGUGAAGAUUGGGAUGCUUGUAUAAUCAUUAUGAAGGGCUGGGCAUUAGCAUAUUUCCUUGACGAAUUGCGUUGUGUAUGUGAAAGUAAACCCAGCACAUUGACAAUGUUUAUUGUUAUGGACGACCUGAAAAAUAAUGCUUUGUAGAUGCUCUAGCAUUUUUUUUGUGAAAUGUUCAAAUGAAUGUUCUGAGAAGCCAGACAAAACAAGGCUCCAGUAAAUAAAAACAACAUUUAAACACA